CUUGUUUUGUAUCAGUUACACUGAAAGAAGCGGCGGGCGUCCGGCUUGCUCUCUCUUUUGUGUGUGUGUGUGUUUUUCUUUUCCUUGUCUCUGCACGGCUGAGGAUUACAACUUAUCUUACCAGCAACAGACUUGACUCUCAUCUUUGUGGUGCGGCUUUUCUGGGACGAAACAAAUGCUGGAUUUAUUCAUCCUUUAGAAAAGAAAACGGAUCGCUAGAAGGGAGGCGAGGACGGUUCUUUCGGAAGAUCUUUUUGGGAGGGGCAGCCUCUCCCCCCCUUUCCUCCUGUCCUGGGACGGAGUGGUUCUACAGCUCUGGCUGUCUCUGCUCCAUACUCUGACACAGCUCUCUAGAACGCAGCAAUGAAGCUCUGGUAAAGGAAACUCAGCUGAAGACGGCGCGAGCAGCCCCUGCUGUUGAAAUGGCUCCCCCUGUCAGAAUACACUGCCCCCUGGUGGUCGCCUCUCUCGUGCUUUGCUUGGUCAACCUGACAGGCUGUACAAGUUUCCCCAAAGACCUGGAGCCGAUCAACACAGUCAGCCAGCAGCAUUCUUUCCUGUACCCCGGAUUUCAAGGUCUGCCUUCAGACAAUGAGACAGUCAGACUAGGGCUGGACUUCCAAAGAAUGACUCGAAUCAACCAAAUGCUGUACAUUGCUGCCAGGGACCACGUGUUUGCCAUCGAUCUGAGCCUCUCCGACGAGGAGAUUGUACCUCAGCGAAAGCUAACUUGGAAAACAAAGCCAGAAGAUCUGAAGAAUUGUGCUAUGAGGGGGAAAAACAAUGACGAAUGUUACAACUACAUCAAGGUCUUAGUACCUCGCAAUGACCAGACUCUCUUUGCCUGCGGGACAAAUGCCUUCAACCCCACAUGUCGCUAUUAUACGAUGGACUCUCUGGAGCAGGAAGGGGAGGAGCUCCUCGGUCAGGCCCGCUGUCCGUUUGAGUCGAAGCAGCCCAAUGUAGCCUUAUUUGCAGACGGCAAUCUGUACUCUGCAACGAUGGCAGACUUCCAAGCCAGCGACGCGGUCAUCUAUCGAAGCCUGGGGGACAGGAGUCCGGUUCUCAGGACAGUGAAGUACGACUCCAAGGUGCUUCGAGAACCUCAUUUUCUUCACGCCAUUGAGUACGGAAAACACGUGUAUUUUUUCUUCAGUGAAAUCGCAGUGGAAUACACCACGCUGGGAAAGGUGGUGUUCUCCAGAGUGGCCCGGGUUUGUAAGAACGAUCUCGGAGGUUCUCCGCGCGUUCUGGAGAAGUACUGGACCUCGUUCCUCAAAGCUCGGCUCAACUGCUCCAUCCCGGGGGACUCCUUCUUCUAUUUCGACGUUCUGCAGUCGCUAAGCGACGUGGUGGAGGUGAACGGACGGCCCGCAGUCGUGGGAGUAUUUUCCACGCAGGCAAACAGCAUCACAGGAUCGGGGGUCUGUGCUUUCUAUAUGGACGAUAUAGAGAAGGUCUUCAACGGAAAGUUCAAAGAACAGAAGACCACCGAGUCUGCCUGGACCCCCGUACCCGACGAACGAGUCCCCAAACCCAGACCGGGUUGCUGCGCGGGGGACGGCCCUGCAGACUCUUACAAGGCGUCCAGCAGCUUCCCCGACGAGACCCUGUCCUUCAUCAAGUCCUACCCGCUGAUGGACGAGGCCGUGGCGUCGGUGAACGAGAAGCCCUGGUUCACAAAGACGGGCAGCAGGUUCAAGCUCACCCAGAUUGCUGUGGACACGGCUGCGGGCCCCGGUAAGAACCACACGGUGGUGUUCCUGGGAUCUGAAGAGGGGAAGGUCCUCAAAGUCCUCUGCAGCUCCGCGGCUAACUCCUCCCACGACAGCCUCCUGCUGGAAGAGAUGGACGUCUACAACCCAGCAAAGUGCAACGUGCGAGGAGAGGACAGGAGGAUUCUGGGAUUGGAGAUGGACAAGGACCAUCAUGCUUUGUUCGUGGCGUUCUCCAGCUGCGUGAUCCGGGUUCCGCUCAGCCGUUGCCGGGACUACGGGAGAUGCAAAAAAAGCUGUCUGUCUUCUCGUGAUCCCUACUGCAUCUGGCUAAAGACCGGCAGCUGCAGCUCCCUCGAACCAGGGUUCAAAGCAGGGUUCGAGCAGGACAUAGAGAACAGAUUCGCUCAGCAACCAGACAGCUGCCACGAUGUCAUGGCUACUACUCAGAAUCAAUACAGCCCAGGUGACUCAGCCUAUGGAAAGACCACACCCACAAGUUCAAGCACCACCAAUCAGUGGGCGGCUUCCCCACAGGUCAGAGGUCGCUCAGAGACAGGUACCAUUCCAGUUGACCGCUCCCCCUUUGCUGGGUCAAGCGAUUCUCUGGCUGUCGGAGUGGAGAUUGAGGGGGUGAGACAGCUGCCGGCCGCGGAGAAAGCCGCUCACACGGUCCACUUCACCCUUCUGAUCGCCUGCGUGGUCGUCGCCUUCGCCCUGGGGGCUUUCCUGUCCAGCCUCCUGGUGACCUGCUACUGCAACCACGUCUUCCACAAGACCAAGCGGCUGAGCAAGGACCCCGAGUCCACCAUCCCCCACGCUCUGUCUCUCCGGAGCCUGGCUAAGCUCAAUGGCCUUCUGGACGGGCCGGCCAAGGACGAGAAGCUGGAGGCGCCCGCCCCCCACAAGCUCUACAACUCCUUGAUCCCCAACGGGAAGGAACGGUCUGUGGGAAACGGGAAGGGAGACUCGAGGCACCCCCCGGAGCUCUCGGGGCUGCCCACACCGGAGUCGACCCCGGAGCUUCCCAUCAAGAGCGCGAAGGCUUUCAAGAACCAGUGGGAGAAGAAUCAGAAUUUCAACAACGCCGCCAAGGAGGGGAUCCACCCCCUUGUGCCCAGUUCCAGACCCACCUCCGGGGUGCCAGCUCAGGUCUUCCAGUUCCCCAACUCCCUGGUGCUCUCCGGGAACGGCAACGGGAACGUUUUGGGCGGGCAGCUUCAUCCGGAGGAACCCAAGAUCCCGAAUGCCGAACGGGUCAGAGCCCAGCCCUACCCCUGCUACCCACGGAAGACGGCGGAGGUCAACGCCUUGGACGAGCUUCUGAGGCACCUUCACGGGGUCAACGGCGCCCCGACCGGCGCCCCUCUGGCCCCCAACAACGUGCGCCUCCCCUUCGCCAACAGGGUCCAGCCCCAAAUCCCCGACACGGAAUCUGCACCUUACUACAGCUCCUCCACCCUCCCCAGGGACAGCCUGACCAGGAGGAUGGACGUCCCGCCAGAUAUGCCACCACCGCAGCCCACUUUGGAGAGACCCUCCAGGCACCCUUCGCAGAGACAGUCCCUGUGUCUGGUCCCCAACGUGUCGAGCGGGAGUGAAAUCUGCCGGCAGCACAGUUUCAACCCCAGAAGCGGGCCGCCCCCUCUCUUGGCGCGGAUGAACUCAGCCGGCAGUUACGUGGAAAAUAACCACCAGCCGCUGCACCCCAUCGGUUACCUGUCGCGGCAGCACAGCUACACCGGUCAGGCCACGGCGCUCCCCAGGGCGGGCGCGGUGAGGAGAACGGCUUCGAUGAAGCCAGACGUGCCCCCGAAACCCACGUUCAUACCAGCUUCCUCUCCGGCGGUCAACCCUUCGAAUCACUUCAACUAUUAGGUUUUGUCGAUGGAGAGGGGACUUGCUUGAAAUGAACGGAGAGACAAUAGCAAUAGCAAAGGUGCGACCCCAGCCCACACGCCCCGGUCUGUCCAAUCAAAUGCCUCGGACUGACUUCCUGCCUUGAUGGAAGUCUUUGUAACUGGAGCGCGUACAGAAGACUAUGGCAGGCAAGCUUCUUUCGGAUUGGUAAUAUAUAAAGAAAAAAACUUAAAAGAAACCGCCAGCUAACUAAAAAUAGGUCGAUGACGACUGUGAAAGACUUUUUGAACAGUGACUAAAAUGGGGUUGGGAGGUGGGGGGGUGGGGGAGUUGGGGCAAAAACCUAAUUUUCAGGUUUUUCCGUUCCACGGAAAAAUUUAAUCCGACUUACUUUAAAUAUUCGACUAAAAAUAUGAAAAACUGAAACCCCCGUUGCUUGGAAGAACUACGCUUGCCUUAUUCUGUAGAGCUGAACUUCCCCGUGGAGUUUCUUACCCGCGCUGAAGAGGUUUAUCGAACCAGAAAUCACACACCUUCCACCUUGCAAGAACCUGGGUUUAAAAAAGAAAGUGAAUAAGCUGUUCGAUGGAACGACAGGAAAAGAUUAUCCUGGCUCUCCGACCGUCUGUCCCGAUCGUGGAAGAUUUCCUUGGAUUAUCAAAAGGGGAUUGAUUGAGUUUUCUGGACACAUCAGUAAACAUCGUGGAAGCGACUGUGUUCGGAGGUUUGAGUCUUUCAAAGGGAGUUGGGAGAGGGGGAGAACGAGUGAAGUUCUGAACUUGUAAAAAAAAAACCUUGAUCAGAUUCAGAGACGUCCCUCCACUUGGUUUAAAGACAGCAACGUACAAAACGAACUGUCUAUAAAAAAAAAGAGCCUUGGUAUUCUGAUGUUGAAUCAAGUGGGGCUUAACCUACAGCCCAUUUCCCCCCACCCCAAAAAAAUACCUCCAAGGAAGCCACAAUGUAACGUCUUUUCCCGAACGUUUACAGACUACAGACGCGUUGGGGAAAGAAAAUAAAAAGAUGCAUUAAAACAAAACUGACAUUUCCAAUUUUUCAGAUCUAAUAUACUAAAUAGACUUCUUGUUUUUUUUUUGGUUUUUUUUUGCUGACUUAAAUGGAAAAAAACCCGCUGUAAAUAAAAACGGGACGGUCAGAGCAUUUCAGUAACUAGCCAUG